AAAGGCUAACAACAAAGCAAGGGUUUUUGGAGGCGGUGUUGAAGCAGACCGGACACCAUGAAAGGACAGAGCAGGAAGAAGAGAAGGGCAAAACACCACAAACCUCAAAGAAUCGAAGAAUCUUUGCAACCAAAACACUCAAUUAAACAUAAGAAAAAAACCCAUCAACACCAAAACCAUGUUAAUCACUCUUCCGCUUCUUCAAAUCCACCCAAGUCUUCUUCUUCUUCUUCUUCCAGUUCCUGCAGUUUUAUUGACAAGGCGAGAGCAAGGUUGGCUGGUGGUCAUUUUAGGAUGAUCAAUGAAAAGCUUUACACUUGCACAGGAAAAGAAGCUCUGGACUAUUUCAAAGAAGACCCAGAAUUGUUUAGUAUGUACCAUACGGGAUAUCAGGAGCAAAUGUCACAUUGGCCUGAGCAGCCUGUCAAUAUGAUCACAAAGUGGCUGAAGGGUCGUAGUUCUUCGUUAAUCGUAGCUGAUUUUGGUUGUGGUGACGCACGCCUUGCAAAAAAUGUGAAGAAUAAAGUUUUCUCGUUUGAUCUUGUCUCAAACGAUCCUUUGGUAGUUGCUUGUGAUAUGUCAAAUGUACCUCUCGAUUCUUCCUCAGUCGAUGUUUCUGUUUUUUGCCUUUCAUUGAUGGGGACUAACUAUGCUAAUUAUCUUCAGGAGGCAUAUAGAGUUCUUAAGCCGAGCGGUUGGCUUUUGAUAGCUGAGGUAAAGAGCAGAUUCGACCCAAAUAACGGUGGAGCGGAUCCGAACCUGUUUACAAGAGCUGUUUGUGAGAUGGGAUUUACCUCAGAAUUGAAGGAUUUCUCGAAUAAGAUGUUUGGUUUAUUAUACUUCAAGAAAAAGGAGAAGAAAAACUCAGAAGGUAGGGAAAUUGAAUGGCCAGAGCUGAAGCCUUGUAUGUACAAACGUCGUUGAUAUCUAUAAACCCUAAAUUUGAUGAUACCGAGAUUCAUUAACCCUAA